AUGGGUGCCGUCUUUACAAGAAUACUAGUUUGUUCGCUUCCCUCUAUUCUUGAAGACACUGCCAUGGUGAGUGAUUUGCUCGAUCAUGUAUCCUUCACUUGGCGGAAGGAACUGAUUUGCAGCAUUUUCAGUCCCAGAGAGGCUAAGGCUAUCUGUCAGAUACCACUCUCUCGUGGAAGGGGUACAGAUUUGCUAGUAUGGCCUGCCAAUAAAAAUGGGAUCUUUUCGCAACAGGUACCACUGAAAGUUAAGCAUUUUAUUAGGCGGGCUUGUCGUAAUCUUCUUCCUACUGAUUCAAAACUGGUGCGGCGAGGCGUUGAGGUGGAAUACUGGUGCUCCCAUUGUGGGGAAGGCGUCCAAACUACAGAACAUGUUUUGUUGGAAUAUCAGAUAGCGAAGGAUGUUUGGCUGCUGUCUCCUUUGCGAUUACGUGAUCAGGUUGUAGGGGAUGAUGUUUUGACGUGGUUUUGGGCUAAGGUACAGCACCUUGAAAGUACCCAGAUUGAAUUGACCAUGAUGCUUGCAUGGGCUUUAUGGCGGGCUCGAAAUGUUUUCAUUUUUGAAAAUAGUAGUAUGCUUGCCGCUGCCAUUGUUCAAUUGGCCCUAAGUACAAUCAUAGAGUAUCAGGGUGCGCAGGAGAAGGGAAUAGAGGGCACACCCAUGCCUAGAGUUAGUUCAUGGUCUCCACCGGGACUAGGGGUGGUGAAAGUUAACACUGACGCUGCUGUUAGGGAGUGUGUGGCGGUGGGCUUGGCUAUGGUGGUUCGGAAUGAAGCUGGUGAGGUCAUGGCAGCUGGGAUGCGCUCCAUUCAAUACAACCUAUCCCCGGAAGAGGCUGAGAUGGAGGCGGCGAUUUUUGCAGUUUCGCGAGCUGCUGAAUUGGGUUUUAGCCAUAUUGUUCUUGAAACGGACUGCAUUGCUUUGGUCUAG